AUGGGGGUUCAUCAGCGGUAUUUUCGUGCAAAACCUGCUGUCGAAGUUGUGCAAAAUAACGAAGAGGUUGACCAGACCAAGGUUCCAACCGUCGUCGAAGCUUUCACCAGUGUAGAAGACAGGGAUGCCCUUACUGAAACAGUCGAGCCAGAGAAAUCUCACAAGAAAUUUAAAAAGCUUCGCCUAGCCAAACGGCAUGAUCAGUUAAGCGAAGAUGAACUCGAAUAUCCAAUUGACAGUGAAAAGUUGCAGAAGUACCGAAGAUUCAAGACUGUUUCGACGGAAGGUAUUAAGACAGUGGCAGCGAAAAAGAAAUUUCGUCGCCAGCAACAGAACGCUGUGUUUGCUUCAGCCCAGACUGCAAGGGCGGAGUUAUUGUUGCCGGAAGACAGUGGGUAUAAAUAUGUCUGAAA